GACGGUUCACCGGGCCCAGUGGAAGCGACUUCCUGAUUUAUUCCCAUCUUCCUCUCCGGAGCCCCGCCUUCCGGAGCCGCGGGUCAAGGGUCAAGUGUGAAGGGUUACGCGGGCCUCGGCGAGUUCAUUCCCUCCAAUUCCUCCGCGGGGCUGCUGGCGGCGGGAGGAGCCGGCUUCCAUCUCGGAAGAAGGUGUCGUCUCACGCCAAGAUGUCAGGCAUCGGAAGUAAGAGAGCCGCCUCGGAGCCAGGCACGUCUGUGCCUCCAGAGAAGAAGACCGCUGUGGAAGAUUCAGGGACCACGGUGGAGACAAUUAAGCUGGGCGGUGUGUCUUCAACGGAGGAGUUAGACAUUCGAACACUGCAAACCAAAAACCGCAAGUUGGCAGAGAUGCUGGACCAGCGUCAGGCCAUUGAAGACGAACUCCGGGAACACAUUGAGCAGCUGGAGCGGCGACAGGCCACGGACGACGCCUCCCUCCUCAUCGUCAAUCGGUACUGGACUCAGUUUGACGAAAACAUCCGCAUCAUCCUUAAGCGUUACGAUCUGGAGCAGGGCUUAGGGGACCUGCUCACGGAAAGAAAAGCUCUUGUGGUGCCAGAACCAGAGCCCGACUCUGACAGCAACCAGGAACGGAAAGAGGAAAGAGAGAGAGGUGAAGGGCAAGAACCAGCUUUCUCUUUCCUGGCUACGUUGGCUAGCAGUUCCAGUGAGGAGAUGGAGUCUCAGCUUCAGGAACGUGUGGAGUCUUCCCGUCGAGCUGUGUCCCAGAUCGUGACCGUCUAUGACAAACUGCAAGAAAAAGUGGAACUCUUGUCCCGGAAGCUCAACAGUGGAGACAGCAUGAUAGUGGAGGAAGCCGUGCAGGAGCUGAAUUCCUUUCUCGCUCUGGAGAACAUGCGGCUACAGGAGCUGGCAGACCUCCUCCAGGAAAAGCAUCGCACCAUGUCCCAGGAGUUUUCCAAGUUGCAGAAUAAAGUAGAGACAGCUGAGUCCCGAGUGUCUGUCCUGGAGUCCAUGAUUGAUGACCUGCAGUGGGACAUUGACAAAAUUCGGAAGAGGGAACAGAGACUCAACCGCCACUUAGCAGAAGUCCUAGAACGGGUGAAUUCCAAAGGCUAUAAAGUCUACGGCGCAGGGAGCAGUCUCUAUGGGGGCACGAUCACCAUCAAUGCCCGGAAGUUUGAGGAAAUGAAUGCAGAGCUUGAGGAGAACAAAGAGCUGGCUCAGAACCGUCACUGUGAACUGGAGAAACUUCGGCAAGACUUUGAUGAAGUGUCUGCACAAAACGAAAAACUGAAGGUGGAACUGCGGAGUGCAGUGGAGGAAGUGGUGAAGGAGACCCCGGAGUACCGCUGCAUGCAGUCACAGUUCUCUGUCCUGUACAACGAGAGCCUCCAGUUGAAGGCCCACUUGGACGAGGCUCGCACCCUGCUCCACGGCACCAGGGGGACCCAUCAGCGUCAAGUUGAGCUCAUCGAGCGAGAUGAAGUUAGUCUUCACAAGAAGCUGAGAACUGAAGUCAUCCAGCUAGAGGAUACACUGGCCCAGGUCCGCAAGGAGUACGAGAUGCUCAGGAUAGAGUUUGAACAGACUCUUGCAGCCAACGAGCAAGCAGGUCCUAUCAACCGGGAGAUGCGUCACCUUAUUAGUAGCCUCCAGAAUCAUAAUCAUCAGCUGAAAGGGGAAGUCCUGAGGUAUAAGCGGAAACUGAGAGAGGCCCAGUCUGACCUCAACAAGACACGUCUGCGCAGCGGCAGUGCCCUCCUGCAGUCCCAGUCUAGCACUGAGGACACGAAGGAUGAGCCUGCGGAAUCUAAGCAGGACUCUGAGGACGCGCCCGCGCAGCCCUCGGCAUCAAAGGCCUCUCAGGACGAAGUCAGUGAGAUCAGAUCCAAACGGGACGAAGAAGAGCGGGAACGAGAAAGGAGGGAGAAGGAGAGGGAGCGAGAGCGAGAACGGGAAAAGGAAAAGGAGAGAGAACGAGAGAAGCAAAAGUUAAAAGAGUCGGAAAAGGAGAGAGAUCCUCUGAAGGAUAAAGAGAAGGGGAAGCAUGAUGACAUAAGGAAAAAGGAAGCCGAAAUUAUCAAACAGCUGAAGAUUGAACUCAAAAAGGCACAGGAGAGCCAGAAGGAGAUGAAGUUGUUGCUGGAUAUGUACCGCUCAGCACCAAAGGAACAGAGGGACAAAGUGCAGCUCAUGGCUGCAGAGAAGAAGUCGAAGGCCGAGCUGGAAGACCUACGGCAACGACUCAAGGAUCUGGAGGAUAAAGAAAAAAAAGAGAACAAGAAGAUGGCUGAUGAGGAUGCCUUGAGGAAGAUCCGGGCGGUGGAGGAGCAGAUUGAAUACCUGCAGAAGAAGCUGGCCAUGGCCAAGCAGGAGGAGGAAGCCCUCCUGUCUGAGAUGGACGUCACAGGUCAGGCGUUUGAAGACAUGCAGGAGCAAAAUAUUCGUCUGAUGCAGCAGCUGCGGGAGAAGGAUGACGCCAACUUCAAGCUCAUGUCAGAACGCAUCAAGUCCAAUCAGAUCCACAAGUUACUGAAGGAAGAGAAGGAGGAGCUAGCAGACCAAGUUUUGACUUUGAAAACUCAGGUUGAUGCCCAGUUACAAGUAGUAAGGAAACUGGAAGAGAAAGAGCAUCUCUUACAAAGCAACAUUGGCACAGGGGAGAAGGAACUGGGCCUUAGGACCCAGGCACUAGAGAUGAGUAAACGCAAGGCGAUGGAGGCAGCUCAGCUGGCAGACGACCUCAAGUCACAGUUGGAGUUGGCUCAGAAGAAGUUACAUGAUUUUCAGGAUGAGAUUGUCGAGAACAGUGUCACCAAAGAAAAAGACAUGUUCAAUUUUAAACGAGCCCAGGAGGACAUCUCUAGACUUCGAAGGAAGCUGGAGACCACAAAGAAGCCAGACAAUGUACCCAAAUGUGAUGAGAUUCUGAUGGAGGAGAUUAAGGAUUACAAGGCACGCCUGACCUGUCCCUGUUGCAACAUGCGGAAAAAGGACGCUGUGCUUACCAAGUGUUUCCACGUCUUCUGCUUUGAGUGUGUGAAGACACGCUACGACACACGACAGCGCAAGUGUCCCAAGUGCAACGCUGCCUUCGGUGCCAACGAUUUCCACCGCAUCUACAUCGGCUGACCGAGCCCAGCGAGGAGGGGCUGGCCAGACGGACACCGCAUUCCGCAGCCACCACACCUCCCUCGGCCUCUUCUCUCCUCGACUGCUGCCUGCCGCUUACAGGGCACUUCUCCGUCAGCCACCUUCCCUUCCCAGACUUGGUUUGCUGAUACUUAGAUAACUGCAGGGGGAGGACUGGCUGAUGUAAGUCUUGGGUUUUAGAAUGAAUUAGAGGCAGACAUCGCUUCCUUGUCUAGCCUGACUGCUUUUCGGGUUUGCAGCCGCUUCCUUUCCAGGCUCUCUAUGGUAACAAGUCAUCCAUUCCUUCUGAAGAAGAGCAUCAGGUUGAUGUUUUUAAGUUAGAGAAGGGAACAAGGCAGAGUGGAGAGGGGCAGCUAUGUUGGGGAGGUAGGCUGACUGACCUUUCAGGAACAAGCUACCUAUGGACGUAAACUUUCUUUGAUUUGGUUUGUAGACUUUUUCUAAACCUGGAUUAGAAUAUGGUGGAAUUAUGCUAAUUUUUUCCCCUCGUUCCCCUGGAUAGCUUAAGUCCUUCAUGAAAUUAUGUCCAGGAUGAUUCAGUCCAUUUCUUGUUCAUUAGCCAGGUGACUUAUCAGGGUCAGGUGGUUACCUUGUUAAAGUUAUUUAAGUUUUCUGAAUACUUUACUCACAAUAUCUUAAGACCAAAAGAAUUGCAAACAGUAUAACCCCUUGUAUCAAUGAACUCAAGAUGGGAGAGGAUGAGGAACAGAACUGAAAUGGUAAAGUCUUUUUUUUUUUUUGGAGGAUGUGGGAACCUGCUACAGGGAGGCCUGGGUGAGCCAUGAAUUGCUCUUCCUCUCUGUAGGGUUUGCAUUGGUCUUUGUUUUCCAGAGAAUUCUUUGCAGUGUUUCUGUUAAGACUUUGCACUUCUCAAACAUGAAUUAAAGCAGGAUUCUGUUUGCUUUUGA